ACACAGCUGCCGACGAGAGAGUUGUCUGCUGGCGGAGGCGUUGCCAGUAGGUAGUGCGGUACGCGCUUUCCUCGAUUCUAGACGGUGCCCGACUGCCCUGACCUCAGGGCGACGACGUUUGCGGGAAGAUGCUGCGCUGGCGCGGCUCCACUACCUCGACUGUGGCCGGAGCGCCACAGGAGGCACUGCAGGAGGACCAGAGUCCCACGCGCGUGUCCCCGAAACGGAAGCAGAGAAGUACCCUGUCCGUGCUUCUGCUGCUGCUGGUGUCGCUAGCCAUUGGUGUGCUGGUGAUAGCACCUGCAGUCUUCUACGCAUCGCCCUGGAUUCGACGCCACACGGUCUUUCUGACCUUCGUCAACCUGCCACCCUUCCCCCGGCUGAGCGACCCACGAUCGUACGACCUCAGGUGUGCACACAACUUCUACAUAGACUCCGAGGAGGCGGGUCUGCGCCUCGGAGCCUGGCACAUUCCACCGGCUUCCUCCGUGGAUCGGCUCGGCUGCCAGCAGCUAGACCAGGACUGGUUUGCACACGACAAGCGACCCGCAGUGCUGUACCUGCAUGGAAAUGGUGGCUCCCGUGCUGGUGGGCACCGUGUUAGCCUCUACAAGGUGCUGACCGGUUCUCUGGACGCACAUGUGCUGGCCCUUGACUAUCGGGGCUACGGUGAUUCCGGCUCGGGCCCCAUGGGACCAUCGGCAGAGGCGCUGGCACAAGACUCCCGCACCGCAUUGCGCUGGCUCCAGGCACGCACGACAGGUCGGCCAUUGAUCGUGUGGGGCCACUCGCUCGGCACAGGUGUUGCCAUACGCCUUAUGGAAGACCUGCAGCACCGUGGAGAGGCACCACCAGCGGGUCUCGUGCUCGAAGCCCCGUUCGACGCCCUGCACCGUGUCGCCGCCACGCACCCGCUAUCACUGCCCUACCGCUGGCUGCCCUACUUUGAGCUCACCUUCGUUGCGAGCCUCAAAAACGACCCCGUCGUCGAGUUCAACAGCACCACCCGUGCCCGCUUCGUCUCGCCCAAGCUGCCAGUGCUGGUGUUGCAUGCUCGUGAUGACGCGACAGUGCCGUUCGCAUUGGGUGAGACGCUGCACGAGGCCUUCCGCGAGGCGCGCCAGGGCAACCCGAGCGCGGGACCACUGCUACUGCACGCCUACGAUGGCCGGUUAGGGUACGGCCACAAGCACUUGCACCGCGACCCGGAGUUGACUGCCACAGUGGCCAAGUUCUUUGCCCUCAACCGCACCGAUAUACGGCCCUAGAGUGCCGACCUGCCGGCAGUAGCAUUCCGCGAUGCCUUGAUGCCGCGGGCAUUUUGGAGACGCAGGGGCAAUGGCCAAUUCGGGACCAGCGUGCUUUCACUGACUCAUCUUGUUAAUGCAUGGUGGGAGAAACGCAUACAAUAUUCCUGGCUUCUCAGUGUCACGAGCUUGCAUGGUUGCCACGUCUGUGCCCACGAGCUGUUUCAUGAAUUUGCAAAGCGGUGGCGACUUAACGUUGUGUGCAGAGGCAGAUCGCUUUCUUUUACUAGUACCAUUCAUAUCAGGUCCAGGGUGACGAGUCUAGAGCAGGGCAUUCUUUGCGAGUGUUUCGAUUGCAGGUGCGAUGCGUGCUGAGGUGAGUGCCCAAGUCCAAAAAGAGAGAGAGAGAAAGUAAGUCUGGGCCUACUGUUCAUAACUUGUACGUAGACAUGUUACAGGGCUUAAGCUAGAUGUCAUGUGAAAACUUCUGAAUGACAUAUGCAUUGCAGUCCCAAGUCCAAGAAGGCAAAGAAUAGUUUUUGGCAUAACUUAAGAGGUCCGCCGUUCUCAACUUACAUGUGGACUGUUUAGAGGCUUGAAGCCAAUGCAACAGUGUUUGACUGCGAGUUUGACAUGAUGGAGACCAGCUGUUCUGUUUGUUGUACCAGAUGUCGCAUUGUUGUACCAGUGCCUUUGUGGUCCCGUUCACUUUUCGCAGCUUCCCCUUGUCAUGCAGUCUACGUAUCUUGCACCAGACAGUCUGUGCGCAGCUGUGUUGGAUGUAGCAGCGGACUGGCGUGUCUAUUACUUUUUGUUCAUGAAACUGAAGAGCGCUUGUGUGGGUUGUGUUUGUUGGCAUCCCUGUGCAGCUGUGGUUGUGCGAGGAGUAUGGGUUACUCGGAUCACUAGUCUUUUGCAAGAAUGACACGUUGUUGUGGUUUUGCAUAACUCUGCCACCACCGCCGGUGGUAGCGUCAAGCAGAAUAUAGACUAGCUCAUGGAAAUCUUCAGGUGUGUUGAUAUUCAUAUGGGCGGCUCACACAUACGUUAAAGGAGUACUGACACAAAAUUAUGAAGCGGAGAUAAUGCGUGAGGACAAUUUAUGUGGGCGCAUACACAUCGUCUGCAAAAUUACAACGGCAAAUAUUACUUAGAACACAUUUAAAAUCAAUUUUAAAGUAUGUGCACGAAGCCAACUGCACAAUGCGGCGCCUCGUGACAUUGACAUCAAGGAAGGAUUGUAAAUAACCGAGAAAACGUUACAUCAUGUAUUUUCGUUGGCUGCCAUGCUGCUUGCAUGUGCUCUUAGUUGUUGCUUGUAGUGGGAUGCUUUCUGUGUUGCUGCAACUGAAGCAUUAAGUGGCAGUUUUUGCCGCGUCCGCAGAUUUCCCACACAAUCAGCUUGACUCGUUGCACUGACUAUUGAAUGUGGCCAAUGCGAGAGUCUUGAGGUUCGUCUUCGCUGUUGCUGGCCACAAUAUCAGAGAUGCUGCUUUCUAGUGCGUCGAAUUGAAAGUGAUUGGCCAUGUCUAAUACGGCAGCAACUCCCGCCUGCAGGAAAUCGUCACCACUGGACGAUCAGAACGAGGGCGACGAUAGUGGCAAGGACAUCGCAAAGCAAGUGCAGGCAUAGUAGACAAACUAGCAACACGAAGCUUGCGUGCCAGCGUUUGCGUUCGCGUCGUAGCAUAAGUCUGAGGUUUUUGCGAUCACGUGCCCAGCUGUGUUUACAUUCCUUCUCUCGCCCAUCUCGUAGUGUUCUGGAACGAAAACUUGGGCUGGUCACUACAAGAAACACUCCAAAUUACCUGUCAUGCUCUGAAGUAAAUGAGGUUUCGUGCCGUGAUUGCUUGGUCAUUAGCUUGUAAUUAGCUACUUAUUAAAGCAGAAACACAUUUUUUGUCAGUACUCCUUUUAGCUAACAGGCAAAGAAAGAGAUUAUGUAAGUCCAUAGAUGGUCUUUGGGCAAGUUGCUUGAGUGUUGGGUUAGCACCCAAAUGCAUUGUACGUGGAGCUCUCUGCAGUGGUUAGCAACCAUUAGUUUUGACUGGUUUUUGUGCCAUUUUACGUUAUGCGAGCCUUGGCAGGUUUCUGGCAGAGUACAUUGCAUGUACAAGUCUACAUUAAAGGGAACAUGUAAGUGAGCAUUGUGGAUCUGAUUACCACCGAGAUAUGGCAUAAAAGCUCACAGACUAGCUUUUUAUGUAUAAAUGUAUGUCCAGUAAAUUAUAUCGGCUAUUUCUUUUAAAUGAAGGCAAAGAAAAGUUCCAGUUAUAUUGGCUUUAUUAAUGAAUAAGUGUUCCCUUUAACAGUGGACCAUACUGCACAGCCUCCCACUUUUAAUUGUGCAAGCGUCGACCACGUGGCAUGUCAGCGCGUUAUAACGGCAAGAAAUGACGAGAUUGGCAAUAGUAUGCUUACGCAUACAGGGCACGCUUUGGUGCCGGCAUCGUCUGCUACGCUGUUAGGUCUAGGCGAACACACCCCCUUCCUGGGUUAUCAGUGCAGUCCUGUUGACAAAAAAAGCCUGUGUGAAGCAGAAAACGUGUGCGACACGAUAUAUUUCUUUCAUAUUACUUUCAUAUUUCUUUCAUAUUACUGGGCCAAUGCAUAUGCCAUAGAAUUGCGAUAGGGGGGGGGUGUGUAUUUAUCAGCACGUACGAGGAAUUGCCUGUGAACUAUGGGCCUUGAGAGAUAACAAAGGCAGAACGUAUGCACUCUUGGAAUGAAUAGCGUAGCAGACGUUUGCACUAGCAAGGCGGAACGUAUGUGCUCCUGGAAUAAAUAGCAUAGCAGAAAUGUUCACCUUAGAAGUUUCUUUGUGCACUUGCACAUACCAUUGCCGAUCUCACUACUACUCGCCGAUAUAAGGCACUGGGAGGCUGUACAUUCAGUCACCAUAACUUUGUCCAGUUUGUGUGUUCUUUAAGCUAACGUUAUGUAAGCCUUUUGUGCAUAAUCAAAGGUAACAAAAUUUUAAUUCUGGAAGUGAAAAUUGUCAUCCACCAGAAUGUAGCACGAAGCUACAAGGGAUACCCACAUGGGUUUCCUUGAAAGCUUCACGGUUGAGGACAAAUUUGCCCUGGUACGGAAUUCGAACUUGGGACCCAAUGUGUUUCCGGGGCAGUCGCUCUACCAUCUGAGCUAACCUUGCCGAGGAACCCGUAUGGGUUUCCUUUGUAGCUUCGUGCUACAUUCGGGUGGAUGACUAUUUUCCCUUUCGUGACACUUCCUCCACCUUGCGGGAUUCCGCAGAACUUAUUUGCCAAAUUUAGAUUUUUUUUUCUCACAAAUUGCAGUCAGUUCAUGGUGCUGUUAUCAGAACACAAUGGCACCGUACUGUGUGCUGAUAGGAUCUGGAUUAAUCUCAUCUGAACUGGUCGAAAGGUUUCAGAAAAGUAGAAUACCAAUAUUUCUGCUUUCUUUUUAAUUACCAAGCACAGCUUAGCUCACGCCAUUAUGUAAGCCCUAUGAUAAAUGAUGGAGCGCUAACUGCAUGGGUGGAGUGUCAACUUGGUGAUAUAUUGAAACUUGGAGUGGUGGUAGCUAUAGGCGUUAAUCAAAUUAUUUGAGGAGUGCCUUAUAGGAGAGUGUGCCAAGCAUAAUGCCCGUUUACUCCGCGAGUGAAAUGAAUACGUUUACACUUCCUGUAUGUAAUAAAAAAAACAUAUUUUUGCAAUGUGUUGGUAAAAGUUAAUAAAAGGACACUGCAAUUUUAUGUAUUGGCAGUGCUCACAUGUGA